AUGCUAACUCUACGUUCCAGUGAUGAUCAAAACAAAUUUAUCCUAACGCCAGGCAAUCAUAUAUGGCCAUUUUCUUUUCAUCUUGAUGAUUCACUUCCCCCUACUAUGACACAAAAUGAUCGUCAAGGUCCCUAUAUUCGCUACUUCCUUUGUGCUCGAUUAAAACAAUCAGAUUGGUAUAAGAUGAACGUUGAACAACGAUAUCCUAUUAUAAUUCAACGUUCAACGACAUCGUUGCGUAUAACUCACCUUGAAGUUGAAGAUGAAAAUCGAAAGGGUGUUAAAUUGCAUGCGUUUCUUCAUAAGAAUGUUGCUGUUGCUGGUGAGUGCUUCUCGUUUGAACUCGACUUAUACAAUCCAAACCGAAUGACAAUUCAUCAAAUAUCAGCAAAGCUGAUUCGAGAACGAAUAUUGGCUCGUACAGAAGAGAAAAAUAUAAUUCCACUGACAAAGAAUCUUCUGGAUACAUAUAAUUUUCAGGACGAACAUUUAUAUGGCAACUUCAAACUUCUUCUGCCUAAAGAAACUGUGGCAUCAUUUUCAUGGGAAACAGAACCAUACCCUUCUCGAAACCCAUUAACCAUGCGUUACGAGCUCCGUCUUGAAGCUCAUAUGCAUGAUCGCUUGAAUAAUAUUCGCCUACAAGUUCCUUUGAUCAUCAUCAAUACAACAUUGAAAAAUGAAGAUCAUACGAUGCCACUACCGAGCUACGAAACUCUUUUUCCUGUUUAA